AUCUGUGGAGUGUCCGGGAAUGGAGCCGUGGGAUUGUCCCUCGGCCGCCGUGUGCGAGGGAGGAGGCGCCCGCCGCCUGCCGCCCUUCCCCUUUGUGCUCCUGUGAGCAGGGCCCGGGGAGAGACAGGCGAGGAGGUUCCAUGGAGGCGGGUGCGAUACGGCCUGGGAUCGCUGUGGUGACUGGCGGCUCCCACGGGGUAAAUCAUCGGAGCACUGUUUUGAAGAAUGUCUGGAAGUUUCUACUUCGUGAUAGUUGGUCAUCAUGAUAAUCCCAUAUUUGAAAUGGAAUUUCUGCCUCCAGGAAAAGUAGAGUCGAAGGAUGAUCAUCGCCAUCUCAACCAGUUCAUUGCCCAUGCUGCUCUUGACCUGGUAGAUGAGAACAUGUGGCUUUCUAACAACAUGUAUUUGAAGACUGUGGACAAGUUUAAUGAAUGGUUUGUUUCUGCUUUCGUCACAGCUGGACAUAUGAGAUUUUUAAUGCUUCAUGAUGUAAGGCAAGAAGAUGGAAUUAAGAACUUCUUUACUGAUGUAUAUGAGUUGUAUAUAAAGUUUGCAAUGAACCCAUUUUAUGAACUCAAUACUCCUAUUCGAUCCACUGCCUUUGAAAGGAAAGUCCAGUUCCUUGGGAAGAAACACCUUUUAAGCUGAAUAAAUUAAUUUCCUGAGUGAGUGCUUUUCCCCUACUUUCCUGAUUGUUUGAACUGUACUUCUUCUGGUUAGUCCCCUGCAUGUUUGAUAUUCAUCUUCUGAAGACUGACUAAUUGGAUGCUGAAGCAGCUUUUUCUUUUGCUGAUAUAGAUCAGAACAGUCAAGCUUCUCUGGUUAAAAUGUGUAUCUCAAGAAGUUUCCUUUCAUGUGGUAUGAAAACAAAGUUUUAAACUGUCAGAAGCUGCAGAAGUACAAAAGAAGAAACUGAGACAUUAUGUGUUAAUGCAUCUGCAAAGUGUAAGCCUCUGAUACAGGGUGGGAGGAAAUCAGACCUAAAUGGAAAAGAUGUUGCCAGACAUCUGGUUUAAUAUGAGCAAAAGGGACUUCUUGACUGUUUGGCCUAAGUGCUUAAUUUUAUUAUAAACUUUUCUACUUGUAUUCUUUCACUAGAGUACUCACUCUGCAGACUAACCAGACUAACAUUACACUUUGUGGUAGUAAAUCAGGCCUCUAUUUAUUAACAUGUAAUUGUAUGUAUAUAAAGUGCUCAAUAAAAAAUUGAUAGUUCAGAAAAGCUCUGUCUCCAGUAUUUCAAGAAAUUUUGAGAAAAACCCUUUAAGUUUAAAAGCCUGUAAUUUCAAAUUUUCUGUAUGUUUAGUGCAAUACAUAUUUAGCUGCUGUGUUGCAUCAACGAAUGAAGUAGACCAGAACAACCAGAUCUGCCCUGACAUUAAUUGUAAUUCACACACGAAAAGCCCCAAACUAAAUUUACAUGUUUAAACCCAUGGUUUUUUCCCAUUAUUUCUGCAACUGCUGAAAUUUUCUUCUUGUAAAUGAAUUUAGAGGAGGAUAUUUGAACCAUGCAACUCUAUUUGUUGAGGUUUCAGAAAGGCAUUAUUUGGCCUGUCUGGCUCCUAUUCCAUUGUAAUAUGUUUUAGGAACCAUUUUGUAAAACUUAACAUCAUUCCAAAAACCAGUAAUCUUUAAAUAGAUCAUUUGGCAUAUAUAUGUACCUAAUACUUUGUUUGGCUUUACCUUCUUUUAAGCAUUCUGUUCCUUUUUGCAGGAAAUCUGUAUAAGCUAUCUUCUUGUACUUUUUUUUAAAUGUCUGAAAAGUAAUUUCCAAAGGAAGCGGUAUGCUGUGCUAAGAAGUACAUUUUGCAUAGUCUGUAUAAUUAAGGGGACCACGUGUGUAUGUGCUAUAAGUGUACAGUCAGCCAUUAUUUCUGCACUUACUGCUAAACUGUCGCUGUAAAAUAUUCCAUGAGAAAAAAGAACAUGAUUUAGAGGUUGCAAUAUUUACCUUAAAUAAAACAUGGAAUGAUGUA